AUGCGUAAGCUUCACGCCAAAUCCAGAUUGGGCUGUAAAGUAUGCAAGGUGCGCCGAGUCAAGUGCGACGAGACGCGACCCUCAUGCAAGCGAUGCUCGCAAACCGGGCGAACUUGCUCGUUUCUCGCCGAUGUCCCCGUACUGCCUCCCUCGAUUCCAUCCCCACCAAACUCCUCCAGCACGGAGUCAGUUCCCAGCGCCGCCCCAUCAGUGGUGCUCGAGCCCUUGCCAAAUGUCAAAGGCACGGGAAGCUCUCACUCCAAGCCGGCCGAUAGCUCGCUGGAAGAGCGGUAUGGCUCGCUGCAUUUGCACCUUCUUUACCUUUUUGAGCACCAGCCUUGCGAAUACAUGAGGUUAACACAUCCGGGACUGGAUGACUUGCUGCAAAUGAUGAUAAAGGAGGCAUUCAAGACACCCUACGUCAUGGACGAGGUACUGGCCUACAGCGCAGCCCAUGAGAGCGUGCGUGAUCGUGAUCAAAAGAAUAGAGAGCUUCAGCGGCUCUACGCCACGGAAGCCACCAGACUCCAGACACGGGGGCUAACCUUGUACAACAAUGCCAAUCCCCAGGUCUCAGCGGACACUUGUCUCCCAAUGUUCAUAUUUACCUCGCUGUUGGCUCAUCACACCCUCUUCGACGUUCUCAGCGAUUCCAAAAAGGACCUGGGUGCGGUCAUAGAUGGGCUGGUUCGUUCUAUACCGGUCCAUCGCGGGCUUAUGGCCGUUGCAGCAGGUUGUUGGCCGAUGUUUUCUCCAGAGCUUCAGAAGCAGUUUCUUCAGACCUGUCUACGCGAACCCACGGAUAGAAUUAUUGCCUCGGAUGACGAGUGUGAUAGCCUCAAGACUCGCCUCGAGAAGAGCGAUCUAAGCACCUCAUCUAUCGCAGUACAUCUUGAAGCCGUCGAGCUGUUGCAGGAUCUAUUCGACAAUGAGCGCAACGCAGCAGCUCUUCAGCAGGGCAACUUGGCACCCCUACAAGACUGGUUGGUUGGAGUGUCAGCCGAGUUUGUAUCAUGCAUCCAGCAGAGACGACCGGAGUCGCUUGUAAUUCUCGCCUUCUACGCUGUUAUGCUCCAUCGUGCCUCUGAUUACUGGUUUGUCGGAGAUUUGGGGAGACGCCUCGUCCAUCUUAUCAAUGACCAGCUUGGUCCAGCCUGGGAGGAUUGGCUCGCAUGGCCAAACGGAAUGGUGGGAUAUCACAGCGGGGCGGGAGAGUACGCUCAGGUCUCGCCCUGA